AUGCAGAACGAGAUACAGGCCCUGCGUGACGAAGUAAACCGGAUGAAGCAACAACAGGAGCCGCAACUGCGCCCAACUCGGGAAAACCCUGCUCCCGAGCCGAUCGGUCUUGUUGUGGAAGCUCACUCCCCACUAAGGAGUACUAGGCACGAGGCGCCUCAACACCCCCAGACACGAGUUUCGGAGUUGAGUCGACUAUUCCUUACCCAAUUCAUAAGUGGUAAGAGAAGUCGAAACCCCAAUACUCAGUUGUUUGCCGUCAAGCAGGAGCCGAAGGAGUCGUCAAAAGACUAUAUCGCUCGCUUCAAUGAGGAAGAACUGCUGAUAGAAGAUUACGAUGACAAAAUGACGCUCGCUGCUGUGUUCAGCGGCUUAAAAGAAAGAAAAUUCACCUUCUCCAUCGGAAAGAAUCCACCAAAGACGUUGGUCGAACUCGUUACCAGAGCUCAGAAAUAUACCAACACGAAAGAAUUCUCCAAUGCCCGCAAAAGUGUCCAAGUGGCUGAGCCGAAUGGUAAAGGGAAGAGACCUAAGAACGAGGAAUCCCAACAGUCCAACAAAAGACCCGACGACCGCACCCCUCGCGAUCGUCACCCGAACAGAAGGCCGGAGGGAAAGUUUCGUUCCUACACCCUCCUUGACACAUCCACCGAGCAGAUUCUAUUGGACAUCAGAGGAGAAAAGCUGAUGAAUUGGCCUAUCUGUAAGAGAGACGACCCGGAUCAUCGAGACAAGCGUAAGUACUGUCGUUUUCACCGAGAUCACGGUCAUAACACGGCGGACUGUGUAGAUCUCAAAGAUGAAAUCGAGACCCUUGUUCGGAAAGGGCACCUGCGCUGA